UCGGUCGGUGAGGGGGGAGAUCCGCCGGCCGAUUGGAGACCCGUGCGGGGAUCGAAUCGGUCUCUGCGCCUGGCGUGGACAUUGCCCCGCUUGGGGCAGGGGGUGAGCUCCCAGCCAUGGCCGGUCCCCUUCUCCUUCGGCAGAUACACCCACGCCAUCGUCCGCAGCAUCCCGGACUCGCUGGGCGCCCGGCCUGCCGGGGAUGGGGCGGGCCCGGCCGAGCCGGUGGACCUGGCCAAGGCGCACCGGCAGUACGGGGUCUACACCGGGAUCCUGCGGCAGAAGCUGGGGCUGCAGGUGAUCGAGUUGGUGGCCGACGAGGGGCUGCCCUGCUCCGUGCUGGUGGAGGACACGGCUGUGAUCCAGGGCGAUACAGCGCUCGUCACCCGGCCCUGGGAGCCGACGCGGCGGGGAGAGAUCAGUAGCAUCAAGAAGGUCCUGGAGGAGCUGAAGAUGCGGGUGGUGGAGGUGACGGAUGACGGGGCCACCUUGGACGGCAGCGACGUGCUCUUCACAGGUCGAGAGUUCUUUGUGGGCAUCUCCAAAUGGACCAAUCACCGAGGGGCGGAGGCGGUGGCGGAUGCUUUUCGGGAUUUUGCUGUCUCUACGGUCCCCGUGGCGGGCUCCUCCCAUCUGAAGAGUUUCUGUAGCAUGGCUGGACCGGACACAGUCGCCAUCGGAAGCAGUGAGGCUGCCAAGAAAGCCAUGAGGACCAUGGAGCAGCUGACCGAUCACCACUAUGACACACUGACGGUGCCGGACGACCCCGCCGGGAACUGCAUCUACGUGCGCCUGGGGCCCAAGGGCAGCGCCCUGCUCCACCGCAGCCCCGAGGAGUUCCCCAACAGCCUACAGCCGUUCCAGAAGCUGUCCGACCUCACCCUGAUCCCCGCCGCCUGCAGCGAGGUUGCCAAGCUGGGGGGAGCCCUCAGCUCCUGCUCCCUUCUCAUCAACAAGAAGCUCGACCGCUAGUGCCUCCAGCUCCCCCCCUAGCUAUGUGGGGGAGCCCCUGACCCCCCCAUCCUCCCUGUGUGCCCUAUGUCUUACCCAGCCUAUGCCCUGCACCCCCAAACCUCAGGGCGCCCCUCAACUUGCUGCCCCCCAUAUGGGAAGUGGCAAUCACCCUUCCCCCUAUUGCCCCCCCACCUGCCUGGAAAGUGGGGUCCCCCGAUCCCCCAGAAGCCUCCCCUGAAACCCAGCCCGGGGGCAUAUUUGGAACCUCCCACAUCACGUGUUGUGGACCCUGAAAAUAAUGGGGUCCUGCCUUCUUGGGAGGUGGAGAGCAGGGGGUCUGGGUACCCCAUUAGCAGGAGAGGGUGGAAGGCCCAUUGGGUGGGGCCCCCCAAAUUAUUGGGGGUCCCUUGGUUCCUUCUCUGGGAGAGGCAACAGCGGGUGCAACCAAUCUAUACUUAGUGGGUGGCCUGGGGAGGGAGGUCUUAGAGCCCAUCCCCAUAUGGGGGUUUGGGGAACCUAGCUAUGUCCUGCUGGGAUAGUGGAGGGUUUGGGGACCCUGAUUUAUCAUGUCACCAUGGGGGGGGGAGGUUUGGGGGACACCAGCAUGUUAUACCACGCAAUGGGGACCCCAAUAUUAAAGCCAGGGCAUUGGAGGACCCCCAUACCUGAAUUAGGGGGGGCAUUUCACUUAGGAUCUUCCAGCCCCCCUGCUGCCCCCCCGCCAUUCAUCCACUAAUCUAUGGUGCUGGUGUUUUGGGGGUAACUCCUCUCACCCCCUUGAAACACAACUUGCUCCCCACUGCCACACCCCCAUAGCACGACCUCUUCCCCUGUUAGCUGUAACAACUGUGGGUCCUUGGGGCUGAUCAUUGGUGGCAGCACUGGGAUACCAGGCUGGAUAGGUCUGCUGUGGGGCAGCUGGGGAUCCCAGACCUUUAGCUAUGUAAGGGUGACUGCCCCCCCCAAAGACAGGGGUGCCUUGUGUGUGUGUUAGAGUAGUUAGGGGGGCUUCUAGGAGCCCCCUGUGAUGUGGAGUAGGAGCGCCCCCUAGGGCAGAGCCAGGGUGUUGAUCCAGAGGGAAGGGGUGUUUGGCUUCUCACUGCCUCUGAGAUCCUUGACACAAUAAAGAAUUGAACCAA